GUCGAACACGGGCCGGUAGGAGCACACCACGCACGUGUACCUGGCGACAGAACCGACACAGAACCUCAACUUCCCGUGUCCACGUGUUACUUUACGGCCAUUGACCACCAACAAAAACAACAUGUCAAGUCACCUCCCGUUGUUCAUGAGCGCCGCUUCGUCUUCCGGUAUGAAAUGAGACAGAAGAUCCGCGACGCGACGUUUCUGAAACACACGAGACAACGAGGAGUCGCACUACAGGCAUUACAAUUGUCAUGAACGCAACGCAUGUGACGGCUCACGGGACCGGAUACGGACCGACUCGGCAGCCAUGGCAACAUACGUCAGCCGACGGCAGGAGCCGGCCGAGCGCGAGACGAACUUUAUCAGCAACUUUUAACGGCGAAGCGGGGCUCGCGACCACCAUGUCCUGGCAGCCGUCCAGGUGCCUCUUCCCGUUCCCGUGGCCCGUCGGCGUGUGUCAAAAUAUGUCCGGGGAGCGCGCGCCAUGGCGACAUAUGUCGGCCGACAGCAGCCAGCCGAGCAACUUCGGUGCAACUUUUAACGCCGAACCGCCCGCCGGAAGGAGCGAGCUGCUCCGGGGGGGCCGCGCCAGGUCUUACGGGAGUUUGGUCCGGUCUCCGCUGUCUCCGGUCCGGCAGAGACGCGUCGAGCACCAGGUUCAGCCGGAGGACACACUCCAAGGCCUGUCCCUGAAAUACGGAGUUUCUAUGGAGCAAAUCAAACGGGCCAACAGGCUGUACACCAACGAGUCCAUAUUCCUGAAGAAGUCCCUGUGGAUCCCCGUCCCGUCGGACCCGUCGGACCCCCGCGGCGACUGGGUGGAUUCGGUCUCGGAGGGCGACGACGACGUCGAAGGCGUCUCCGUGGCCCGCCGCGACUCCUCGCCGACCGACGGGCUCGAGGCGAGCUCCUCUGAGAGGAAGCCAAGCGGCGGCGACGACGACGGCAAAGAGCGUCCGUCGGACCUCACGCCGGUGGACUUUUUGAAAAGGCUGGACGGCUUGAUAAGCCAGUCCAAGCAGGCGGCCGCCGCCAGGGGAGGCCAGGACGGGGAGGAGAGGGUCGCUGCCAUAGAAGCGGCUUGCACCAGCGGGACGUCGGACCUGCGGCCGCCCGCGAGGUCCCAGAGUGUCACUUCGUUUCCCAGGGUGCACCUGGCCGCGCCGCUGGCCGCCACCAAGCGCACCAAGAAGCUGAGGGACCGGGAGGAUGAGCUCUUCCAGCUGUGACGCGCUUCAUCCUCGAGUAUGGACUCGGAAGCUCGAAACGUUUAUUUUCAUACAGCAGUAUAAUAUAUAUAGAUUUAUAUUUAUGGGAAGCUACACUUUAACAACUUUUGCAAACAUUGUUUUAUUUAUUUGUUGACACGUGCUGUAGCUCGCUAAAGGUUUAAAGAACAUCAGCCAAUGCAAGAAUAUGAAUUUACUUAAGUUAUCUCCUCUUUGAAUUUAAACACUGAUGUUUUAUAGCCAUAUUUAUAUUUAAAAAGAAAAGUCAUUUAGAGCAGAUUUUGACAAGUCUUUAUUGUUAAUGCGCAGACUUUUUUUUUGCUAGUUAAUUUUAGAAUAUAAGAAAUGUUUUGAACCCAUGGUCCGUAUGUAAAUACGUGUGCAAAAAAAAAGCACUUUAUAUUGGCAAACAACUUUCUGUAACUCUAUAGUUUAAUAGCUCAUUAUUGCAUAAACAAAAGAAGAAAAUAUAUUAGUGGUUAAACUCUUUAAUUUAUAUUUGACUUUUCUAUAAAGUAGAGUGUUCAACCGUUUUUUUUUUUUUUUGUAACACCACAGCCAAUCAUCAUAAAAACAUAAAAAUACAGGAUGAACAUACCUGCUUGUUUUGUA